AUGGCGCCCCUGCUCGGCUGCCUCCUGCUGCUGCUGGCGCUGUGUCCCUGGGGGCGCCCUCAGACCGUGCUGACUGACGAUGAGAUCGAGGAGUUCCUCGAGGGCUUUCUGUCCGAAGUGGAGCCACAGACCGGAGAGGACGACGGAGAGCCCACCCCGCCGGUCCGCAAAAUCCAGACAGAGGGCAAGAAGGAGGCGCGGCCGGGGGCAGCAAGAGAGGCACCUCUGGAAAAGGCUAAAGACAAAGGAAAGAAAGGGAAGAAGGACAAAGGUGCCAAGCCAACUAAGCUGUCCUCAGAGGGGCCUCCCAGGCCAACCAAGAAGCCCAAGGAGAAGCCACCCAAGGCUACCAAGAAGCCCAAGGAGAAGCCACCCAAGGCCACCAAGAAGCCCAAGGAGAAACCACCCAAGGCCACCAAGAAGCCCAAGGAGAAGCCACCCAAGGCCACCAAGAGGCCUAUAGCUGGAAAGAGACCACCCACCCUGACCCCCACAGAGGUGCCGGAGUGGCCGCUGCCCUUGCUCCCCAAGGAAAUACCCCAGGAGGGAGAACUGGAGGAGGAGCUGCCCACACUGGACUAUAAUGACCAGAUAGAGCGGGAAGACUACGAAGACUUUGAGUACAUCCAGCGCCGGAAGCAGCCCAGACCCUCACCGAACAGGAGGAAGCCUGAGAAGCCUGAAGAAAAUUCUGCACCCACUCUGCCCCGGCUGGUGGUUGAGGACCUGGAGGAGGGGACCGAGCAGCCCCUGGAGCCCCCACCACCCCCACCCAGCCCUGACUAUGGUGAUGGCUAUGUGAUCCCUGACUACGACAACAUUGACUACUACUUCCGGCUUCCUCAGCCUCCAAAGCCAGAUGCUGGACCCGAUGAAGAGGAGACAUUGAGGAAAACCAAAAAGGAGGAGAAGGACAAGUGGGCAGUGGAGAAGGGCAAAGAUCACAAAGGGAAGAGUGAGGAAGAUGAGUGGGCUCCAGUGGAGAAAAUCAAAUGCCCCCCUGUUGGAAUGGAGUCACACCGAAUUGAGGACAACCAGAUCCGAGCCUCUUCCAUGCUGCGGCACGGCCUGGGGGCCCAGCGUGGACGACUUAACAUGCAGGCGGGCCCCAAUGAAGAUGAUUACUACGAUGGGGCGUGGUGUGCUGAGGAUGACCCUCGGACGCAGUGGAUCGAGGUGGACACCAGGAGGACCACCAGAUUCACCGGUGUCAUCACCCAGGGCCGUGACUCCAGCAUCCAUGAUGACUAUGUGACCACUUUCUUUGUGGGAUUCAGCAAUGACAGCCAGACAUGGAUGAUGUACAGUAACGGUUAUGAGGAAAUGACCUUUCGAGGGAAUGUGGACAAGGACACGCCAGUGCUGAGUGAGUUCCCGGAGCCAGUGGUGGCCCGCUUCAUACGCAUCUACCCCCUCACCUGGAACGGCAGCCUCUGUAUGCGCCUUGAAGUGCUCGGCUGCCCCUUGGCCCCUGUCCACAGCUACUACGUACAGAACGAAGUGGUGGCCACUGACAACUUGGACUUCCGUCACCACAGCUACAAGGACAUGCGCCAGCUGAUGAAGAUGGUGAACGAGGAGUGUCCCACCAUCACCCGCACCUACAGCCUGGGGAAGAGCUCACGCGGACUAAAGAUCUAUGCCAUGGAGAUCUCCGACAACCCUGGCGAGCAUGAGCUAGGGGAGCCCGAGUUCCGCUACACAGCAGGAAUCCAUGGCAACGAGGUGCUGGGCCGCGAGUUGCUGCUGUUCCUCAUGCAGUACAUGUGCCGUGAGUACCGCGACGGGAACCCGCGCGUGCGCAGCUUGGUGCACGACACUCGGAUCCACUUGGUACCCUCGCUGAACCCCGAUGGCUACGAGGUGGCAGCUCAGACGGGCUCAGAGUUUGGGAACUGGGCGCUGGGGCUCUGGACGGAGGAGGGCUUUGACAUCUUCGAGGACUUCCCGAAUCUCAAUUCCGUGCUUUGGGCUGCCGAGGAGAAGAAAUGGGUCCCUUACAGGGUCCCCAACAACAACCUACCCAUUCCUGAGCGUUACCUCUCCCCAGACGCCACGGUGUCCACAGAAGUCCGGGCCAUUAUCGCCUGGAUGGAGAAGAACCCCUUCGUGUUGGGAGCGAACUUGAACGGUGGCGAGCGGCUUGUGUCCUACCCCUAUGACAUGGCCCGCACGCUGAGCCAGGAGCAGCUGCUGGCUGCGGCUAGGGCAGCUGCCUUGGGAGAGGAUGAGGAUGAGGCGUCUGAAACCCAGGAGACCCCCGACCACGCCAUCUUCCGCUGGCUGGCCAUCUCCUUUGCCUCCACUCACCUCACUAUGACUGAGCCCUAUCGCGGAGGGUGCCAGGCUCAGGAUUACACCAGCGGCAAGGGCAUCAUCAACGGGGCCAAGUGGAACCCCAGAUCAGGGACUAUCAACGACUUUAGUUACCUGCACACCAACUGCCUGGAGCUCUCAGUCUACCUGGGUUGUGACAAGUUCCCACACGAGAGUGAGCUAUCGCGAGAGUGGGAGAACAACAAGGAAGCCCUGCUCACCUUUAUGGAGCAGGUGCACCGGGGCAUCAAAGGGGUAGUGACAGAUGAACAGGGCGUUCCUAUUGCCAAUGCUACCAUCUCCGUGAGUGGCAUCAACCAUGGUGUGAAGACAGCAUGUGGAGGUGAUUAUUGGCGCAUCCUGAACCCCGGCGAGUACCGUGUGACAGCCCACGCAGAGGGCUACACCCCAAGUGCCAAGACUUGCAACGUGGACUAUGACAUCGGGGCCACCCAGUGCAAUUUCAUCCUCUCCCGCUCCAACUGGAAGCGCAUCCGUGAGAUCCUGGCCAUGAAUGGGAACCGGCCCAUCCCUCGUAUUGACCCAUCCCGCCCUAUGACUCCCCAGCAGCGGAUGAUGCAAAGACGCAGACUUCAGUACCGCCUGAAAAUGAGGGAGCAGAUGCGCAUGCGCCGCGUCAACGCCACCACAGUGGACCCGGCCCUCUCCACCAGCUUGCCCCCCAGCUCCACUCCGGGUCCUUGGGGCCCGUUACUCCCCAUUACCACCACCACUACCACCACCACCACCAGUUGGGAUGAGAUGGAAACUGAGACCUACACAGAGGUGGUAACAGAGUUUGGAACUGAGUUCACCUUUGAGGAAGAAGAGCUGGCCACGGGCCCAGAAUUACCCUUCACGACAGCUGAGACCUAUACUGUGAAUUUUGGGGACUUCUGA